AUGGACCACGCAAAUACUUAUAGAGAACUGGUCAGAUUAUCAGAUGAAGCUCAUAUCGAAUUGGAACGAAAAAACACCUCGAGUCAACCCAACAGCGUUAUAGAGUCUGAGUUUCAGGAAGUAGUGAAGUCUUUAUCAGAAUUCUCCCUACACGCGGACCUAAAUCUCCAUGCGGACGUAGAACAGCAAAUUGAAUCAAUACAAAAACUUAACAAGCAGCUCCGACAAAUGCUCAGCGUUAGAAGAAGCAUCAUCGAACAAAAACUAAUAUCCUAUCCCAGUAUGAACGCCUUUUAUGGGGAAGAGACUAGUCCCAACGACGAAGAGAUGAAAGAAUUGAUAGCAAAGUGUGAUGAGCAGACGAUAUCCAUUUUGAACUCUGAUGGCCUGAUAAAAUCGAAAGAUACUCCGUCUGUGCCAACACGUACACCAUGUACACCACAGGAGCUGCCAGAUCAGGAGAGCGAAGACGAGAAUCGUCUGAAAGAUAUUUUAUACGGUCUGAUUGCCAGCUCUGGACUAGACUGGAGUAAGAAUGAAAGACUCUCACAAAUAUUGGAAAGAAUAUGA